UCUCCUUCUGGCCGGUGGUUAUGUUAAGAAACGAGUUAAAUUACUGCCGUGGAACCCCUAGAAACGCUAAGAACGGGCAAUUGUGACGUCGGCCUUUGCUCCGAACUCUCCUCACCUCCCUUCGCCUCGCUAAUGCUCACGACCGCACCGCGUGUCUACCCGUUCUUCUCGCCCGACUCCCGUCACGUGAAUGGCGCUUCCACCAAUCCCGCAGAUACAUAAUGAGCAUAUUGAUGCAAGAUAAAUUUAGUGAACAACUAUAAAAUGCCCAGGUUUGGGUCAACAAAGACAGUUCAAGUUCAGAAUUCUGUCAGCGAUAGCACCAUGGUGGAGAAACCAACUGGAAGAAAGAGCAAGGACAAGAUUGCCUCUUACAGCAAAACUGCAAAAGUGGAUAGAAGUGAUGCGGGAAAGGACAUGAAAGAAAAAUCUUCCAUGAAACGUAAACUUCAGUUUAAUGUUAGUCCACCCAGAAAUGAAGAUCAAAAUUCAGAUACAGCAUUACAUGGACCUAGUAAAUAUCAUGUGAGGAUUCAUCCUGACUGUGAUGAUAUUCAGCUUCCAUUUCCUAAUCCUGAAAGUAAGGACAUUGAAUUAACAUGAAAGAAAGUUUAGUUCUUUGUGGGUUUGGGUAUUUUGGUAUUUUGGCAUGGAGACAAUAAAAGCAAAGAUUAUUUAGGCAGUUAAGAAUUGAGUGAUUUGAUGAUCUAGAAAUGUAUUACAUGUUAUUUAAUGAUUCACAUUUUCUUUGUGCAGAGAAAUACUCCUAGAUUAAAAAAAAUACUGCUAGUCAUAGUGUCCAAGAAUCUGUUCACUAGUUGUGUCCUUUCCUGGGAGAAAAAAAAGUCAUACUCUACUAUUCUUGUAGGUAUGUGAUAGGUGUGUUUACCUAUCUCCUCAACAAAGCUGUUUUUAAGGCACUGUAUAAAUUUCAGUUAAUUCACAAUACAGGUAGCCCUUACUUAACAUUCGUUUGUUCAACAUUUUUUCAAAAUUAAGAUUGUGCCGAAUAAAAGAACUUACGAUCUGUGUCCAAAGUUGCUGCAUUCCCAGAGUCACAUGACAAAAAUUUGGGAGUUCAGCAGUCUACUUGCAUUUACAAACAAAAGUGUGCUGUAACUAUCUCUACCCAGCCAACUCUUCCCCUAUCUCAUCCACCCACCCAGCCCACCAGCACACAUAAAGCUGUCAUGGCCCAGGAGACCUCAGUUGAUCCCCUGCCUACGAGGAGACCUCAAGCAGUUACAGAUCCCAAGCACACACAAACUGUCCCACUUACCUUUGCAGUUUUCUAUCAGGUGUGCCCAGCUACUACUGAAUCUACCUCAUACCAUUUGGCAAAUGGGUGCAUUCUUGCAAUCUUUCAAAAGCUUAAUAUCUAUGGAGAUUCUCAGUCUUCUAGGUCAUGGUU